AAUAGCUGCAUCAGCAUUCAGCACUCAUCAGCAAUAAUCGAAGAUUUGAAGUCACAAUCUUCCCUCACACCAAAGUCAGAAUCUUUUCUACUCACUCCAUUCAGAUACAAGGCUCACACAUGUUCAUGGAUCUGGGUUUUCUUCUUCAAGCUCUCAUUCCAUCAUGGAACUCAGCUUAUUUGCUUCUGGGAUUCUUUGCUUACUUGGCCAUUGCUGGAUCCAUUGUGCCGGGAAAAAUUGUUCCUGGGGUUGUUCUUGCUGAUGGAACUCGCCUUCAUUAUCGUUGCAAUGGUCUGGUCUCGCUUCUUCUGUUGGUUGCACUUCUUGGGAUUAGUGCCAAGAUGGGUUUUGUAUCUCCUACCGCUAUAUCUGAGAGAGGACUUGAGCUGCUGUCCACAACAUUUAUCUUCAGUUUUCUUGUGACCCUGGCACUUUAUUUCGCGGGUUGCAAGUCACGAAGUAAAGGUUCAUCACUAAAGCCUCAUAUCACUGGAAACCUGAUACAUGAUUGGUGGUUUGGAAUUCAACUGAAUCCUCAGUUUAUGGGUAUUGACCUCAAAUUUUUCUUUGUUAGAGCUGGAAUGAUGGGGUGGCUGCUUAUCAAUUUAUCCGUUCUUGCAAAGAGUAUUCAAGAUGGUACUUUGAGCAAGUCAAUGAUUCUAUUCCAGCUAUUCUGUGCAUUAUACAUCUUGGACUACUUUGUGCAUGAAGAGUACAUGACAUCAACCUGGGACGUAAUUGCAGAGAGAUUGGGCUUCAUGUUGGUCUUUGGAGAUUUAGUGUGGAUUCCUUUUACUUUUAGCAUACAGGGCUGGUGGCUCUUGGCGAACGAGGUGGAGUUAACAACGGCAGCCAUUAUAGCUAAUUGCCUUGUCUUCCUGAUUGGAUACAUGGUAUUUCGAGGAGCAAACAAACAAAAACAUGUAUUCAAAAAGAAUCCAAAGGCUCCUAUUUGGGGUAAGCCUCCAAAAGUCAUUGGUGGAAAGUUACUUGCUUCUGGUUAUUGGGGUAUUGCAAGACACUGUAAUUACUUAGGUGAUUUGCUUCUUGCACUCUCCUUUAGCUUACCUUGUGGGAUAAGUUCACCAGUUCCAUACUUCUAUCCAAUAUAUCUUCUUAUUUUGUUGAUAUGGAGAGAGAGAAGGGAUGAAUCUCGUUGUGCAGAGAAGUAUAAAGAGAUUUGGAGUGAGUAUGAAAAACUUGUUCCAUGGAGAAUAUUGCCAUAUGUGUAUUAGAAAGAAAAGAAGAUGCAAAAGAAGGCUUCAUUGUAUUGGCUUUUGUAUUUUGUAGAAUAGAAACUAUUGAUUAAACUUUUUAUGGAGGAGUUUAUUAAUAAAAACUCUUUGUUUUAUUUGAUGAAAGUGAG